UCGGAACACGAUGAAGUGUCACAGGAAUCAUCAUAGCUGGAAAAAUGGGUGGAAACUGGAAUUUGGAAAGGAACACAGAGCAAGUAUGGACUCUAAUUAUUGAUAUCAUUUACCUACGUAGUAUUUGUAUUCUCCUUGGAUAUCGUGUUGAUAUUGCCAUCAAGAGACAGCUGACAGACAUGCUAAAAUGAAGGCAAAUUUUGUUGAUAGGUACCAGUACGUGGUGGUCCAAUUUUUGCAGUUACCGUGUGCAGAUAUUGGUGACUACGUUUGUAUACCUCGCUCUUGGAUACGGGUCCGCAGAGUGACAGAUAGAAAGAGCAUAGUUGCAUAUCCUGAUGAACCCCCAUCGAUAACUAAAAUGCGAAUUAUGAACUGUGAGGAACCUUUAGACAAAUGGAAACUCUACAUAGCAAUCGUAAAAGUUGAAGUGUAUUCCUAUAACGAUGCUUGUGAGUACAUCAUGGAUAAAUUUCAUACGAUGCUUAGGACUAAAUCUUUGGCUGUGAUUAGAACUGAUUAUGAACAUGUGCCAGCCGCAUCAACAAAACCAUACAGUCCGUCACUAAAAACAAUCAAUUUGUCAAGUCCUCAAUCGAAAAAAAAUAGAAAUCAACUGAAUGUAGUAGAUAGAGUUACACAAAGUGAUACGAUUUCAAAUCCAAGUGAGUAUCCUGAACAUUCCAACGUAGAAUCGAGAACACUAACUUCAUCGUAUCUGACGGGCGCUGUUUCUUUUGAAAACACUGUGAUUAAGGAAAAUUAUAAAAAAGAUCAUCAAGAUCAAGCUUCUGAAUCAAGUUCUGAUGAUCUCUUACUCAGAUAUCCCUAUAUUCAGCGAAAACCAGAAAAGGAUAAAGAAACCCAAGUUUAUAGUUCAGGGGCUGGUUCUCGAAGCAUGGGAAAAACCCUUCAUGCUUUAAAGUGCCCUCCAACGCUUGCAAACCAAAUCCGUGAUUAUACGCUGAAUCCAGAAAAAAACCAACUAUUAUCAUUUUAUCGUGAACAUUUACAUCACAUUGCAUUGACUCAAGGAAUACAAGACAGCAGCAUUCCUAACACUGGAUUAAAUACCUCGUUUGCCAUUAAAAACCCUACCAACGAAGAUAGACAGUUCAGUCAACUAGAAAUUUCAAAUCCAUCGCCGGUUAUUCGAGAACAUCCACAAGUUAUGUUGAAACAGAAGACACCUGAUCAUUCCUCAGAAGUCGAUUGUGCUACGUCCAAACCUGCCGCCCAUAGUGAAAUGACGAAUGCUUCAGAUGUAUUGAUUGUCUGUACGAAUUCAGCAGAGCAUCAGGAUUCAAUCGUAGAAGACAUGGUUGACGUUGACAAAUUGACUGAGGUGAGCUGUAUUGAACAAAAUGUGCUCUCUGAAAGUAGCGCCGAGAAUGAAUCCUCUGCUAAUCCCAAAGUUCUGGUAGAGGCAAAUUAUUCAGGGCAGACCAUAAAGACUUUUAUGGAGGAAGCAUCGCCGAUGGUUGAAGCAGUUACGUUGAGUGGAAUAUCAUCGACGCAAGAUGUUGAUAAUGAUAAACGAAGUAACUCAUCAGAUCUAAGUUCAGACGAAAUCAUUACUGAUAGUCCAAACUCUCAUGAACAAGCAAACCAAUCAGUUAUUACUUUAUUGAACCAAGCUGAUGUCUGGGCGGAUCGAUUAUAUGAUCUUUUUCAAACAAUGAAAAUCAACUUCUCAGAAACCUGUCAGAUCGCUCAUGAUAUGCACGAAUCAUUAGUUCAAACCCAGAAAGUGAUCGAACGUAUUGCGAAUGUAUCAGAAAAUAAGCGAGCACUGAAGAAGGGCAAAGUCGUUGGAGUGCCUUCUAAAGAGGUUACGAUGGAGGUUCAACAAAUAGCUGAAGUAAAUCUAGCUGAGAGGAAAGAGGAAGAAAACCUUGAUGUCAGUAUGGAGGUAGACGAAAAGGAAAAUAACGAUGUGGACUCUAAAAGUAGUAAAAAGGAUGAUAAUUGUGGUGAAGAUAUCAAACAUGUGAAAGGUCAGGAUAGAGAUAAUGAAGUUUCGAAAACGACUCGUGGUCACAUUCGAACCUUUGUAUUACCUCCGGAAUACGAUCCAAAUGACACCAAAUGGACACUAAAGUACCGUGAGAAUGAUCCGAAACUUAACCUCGUUGAACUUGUUCCUGGAAGCAGUGUAUUUAUAAACUCUAUUAAACUAGCGCAUUGCAUGCGGUCUGCAAAAGACAGUAAAGCGUUAGCUCGAAAGUUAUUAGAGGAAAUUUUUACUCAAAGUGCGUUAAGUGUUUGUUCACUUACUGGUGUCAGAGCUAACGCUUUUGAUAUAAGUGGCACGAAUGUCAGGCCUGGGUUAGAUGCGAAUGCAAGAAUGGCUAUUUUAACGUUCGUCGAAAAGCAUGCUUUGCAAAAAAAGUGGGGUAUGUUUGACUCGCAGAGUGUCCUUAAUAGCUUACGCAGCAAAAUUCAGGAUAUAAGAGCUAAAUAUGCUAAAACAGCGUGAAGAUAUUUUAUAGAUAGAUCUUUUUUGUCAAAAUAGUCGGUUGAAUCUUCCCUGUAGUAUAAGUUAAAUUUUGAUACUAUAAAUGUAUACUAU